GAAGCUCGUGUGGGAAUUUAUUUCAUAAAUAGGCCAGAAUGGCUCAUUGUGGACCAUGCCUGCUCAGCAUAUUCAUAUAUCUCAGUCCCCUUAUAUGACACUCUGGGUCCUGAUGCUGUUAAGUUUAUUGCCAACCAUGCUGGUAUAGAGGCCAUCUUUUGUGUACCCGAUACCAUGAAUACCUUGUUGAGCUUCUUGUCGGAGAUUCCUUCUGUACGCGUCAUAGUGGUAGUAGGAGGAAGAGACGAACAUCUCCCUUCUCUUCCUUCGGCAACUGGAAUUAAGCUGUUAUCGUAUUCAAAGCUACUUACCCAG